GAGUAGGAUGGGGAAUCCCUGAAGAAUAACAGUGGGUGAAUUUAGGCAAUAAAUUAGGAGUUCACCGAGUCAAGAUCAGUUCUUCUCUGUCUGGAUCGCAAGCAGGAAAGAGGACUCAAAGCGCAGAGAUGCUCAAACAAGCUUUCCUCGCCGUCCUUGUUCUUCUGGCUUGUUGUGUGGCUAUCAUGCAAGGAUUGCCUACCUCCAGCCGUGAGCGCUGUUUGUGCAAAAGACCAGGAAUGCUGUCUGUGAAGAUGGACCGGGUGGCCACAGUGGAGUACCACCAAUCAAGUGGCAGUUGUGGCCGAGAGGAAUUGCUGGUGACCCUUAAAAACAGCCGGAGACGCUGUCUGAACCUGAACGGGGAGCAAGGCAGGACAAUUAAAGAGGCAAUUAUGAAGAAAAGGAAUGUCAAAUAAGGAAGAUCAAGCUGUUUUAGAGAAGCUGCUUCACAAAUGCUUCACUUCCUACAGACAUGUAAUCAGCUUCUGAAGGACUCAUGAACUAUGACACCCAAGUUGGGAGCCACUGAUGCAACAGCAGUUAUUUUUAUCAAGCUGCUGGGUUUUAGAAGUAACUUCAAGGACGUCCUGUAGGAAUUUUAUUCAAACAAGCAUAAGAACCAAUGUAAUGGGGCAAAAAGUCUGUGAUUUUGUCCUGAUUUUGACAUAUCUCACCAUGGAAGAUCUUCAGUCUUCCAAAUCAAACAAGCCAGGACAAUGUGAUAGUGGCAUCCUUCAUUCCUGAAUAUUUUAUGCUGGUUACACCAAUACAGGUAGUCCAUGACUUAUAACCACACCCUGAGCCCAAUGUUUUUGUUGCAAAGCAAAAUGGUUAAAAGUGAGUUUUGCUCCGUUUUGUGGCUUUUCUUGCC